ACACCACUAGAAUUCUUGAACGCAACAGAGCGAGGAAGUACGAAGUGAAUUUGAUUCCUGCGAUGUAAUUUCGUUUUGAAGUGCUGAAUUUUAUCGAGGCUUCCAGCUAGCAGGGCGGACAUCACACGAAGAGCAUCUCAGUACCGCGCGGCAAGACCACAUGACAAUCCGUUUACCGUUGCGCGGCUAACGGAACACCACCAGUCUUCAGCGUUACGUCAUCAUAAUCCACACUGACAAACCAGAGCUCCAACAUCAAACUGUGUCAUUUACAUACACAUAACUUAUAUCAGGAAUUUAAGGAAUAAUCAGAUCUUAAAAUAGUUUAAUUUCGAGAGGUGGAAUGAUGUUGGCACGAUCUGAAAAAUCACAGUUUGUGACGACGGAAUUGUUUCUUGUGUGUAUUGUGGUAUUAGUGUCGACUGAGCAGAGUGUAGGCCAAGACAGUAUUGCCACUACAACAACAACAGUGCCACCAGUAACUGCAGAGAAGGCAGUGAUGAAUACAACCAUACAACCUGUGGGCAUAAACAAUUUUGUGGCAUCAGGAAAUGGAUCUUCUGAAGGAAGAGGCGUUAGAAAAGGAAAGAAUCUACUCGAUUGGAUUGGCUUUGGUACUGGAAGUGACACAGAUCCAUACCUGGCAAGAGCAAAUUCUGCUUGUCUUAAUGGCGACUUGUCUGAAUGUUUCAAAUCUAGGGCUCUAGCCUCACUCGACGAGUUCUUUGACAAGGAUACAUACACAUUGACAGACAAUGCUCAAGUGAUCCGUAUGCCUGUCGUACACCUGAGGCAGCUCCAUCAAGAAACGUUCGAGUUUUCGUCCACUCCUCGGGCUGAAGAACCAGAAUGGGACCAAUUCGUGAAGUUUCUUCUACGGAAGGUGGAGAGAUUUGUUAAGUCCACGGCUAUAGAAGUACAAUUUCCAAACGAGGUCACCGAAGAAGGAAGGUAUUCUCCACGAUUUGUCGAUGAGAUUGCAACUGAAAUCGAUAUAAUAGAGGACAAGAAUGAAAGCCCCUUCUCUCGGACCAAGUUGAAGAAGCUGUUCAUUCCGCUGUUGAUCAUCCUGAAGUUGUUCAAACUGAAGCUUCUCCUGUUUCUACCUCUAAUUCUUGGACUCGCAUCCUUCAAGAAGCUGCUUGGAUUCUUGGCUCUCGUAAUUCCAGGACUCAUUGGGUUCUUCAAGCUUUGUAAGCCUGACUUACAUCAAAAUUAUGGAAGUUACGGCCACAGCAGUUUCUACCACCAGCCUCCGCAUCACAAGCACCAAUACUCACCAGCUGGCCUGGCAAGUGGACACCACUACUUCAGUGGGUCACCAGGCGGGCCGCCAUCUUACUACGGCAGUGCAUAUGGGAGGGACUCGGAGAGCCAGUCCUCAUCCUCACAGGACGAGGAAUAUGAUCCUUCUGGAGUGGUGUCGUCUCCUGUAGCCUUCAGAGACCAAAACAGCGCGCAAGAAUUUGCCUACAGGGGUUACAAGCAUUUCAAUAAAAGAUGAAGUGUAGCAGUAUAACUGCACACAAGUUACCUAAACUGCUGUCAGCUGUGUUCUUAAUUUAUUAUAAAUUAGUUUGGCAGAACACGAGACUUAUGUGGAGUAAAAAGGAACUCCAAGGAUUCGAAAUAACAUACAUUGGACUCCAUAGUCCUGUUUUAGAAACAGCGUUGUUAAAUAAGUUAGUAAUAAAUCAUAUUUGUUAUCUUUUCUGUUGAUUUGUUUCAAUAACCUGUUGAUACUAGUGUCCAAAAAUUGCAAGAUCUAAUAAUAUGUUAUUUCCCCGUGGACGGAAACUUAACGUGGUCAUUGUAACCCAUUUACUGUAUUUCUACGUUCAUAUCCUGUUUUCUCCUUAAACACCAUUUCCACAGAGCAGAGUUCUUCUUGAGAAGCUGACACUCAGCUGCUCAGAAGAUACUCCAUGAGCCAUCAUGAGCCAUACCAGUGUACACCUGCACAACCUAAUGAUGUAAGAUCCAUUUUAAUAAUAUCCUCCCAUCUACGCUUGUCGUCCAACCGGGUUUUAUGACAGCGUUAUCAUUAAUUUCUCAUUUUCUCCCAAGGAUCCAACAUUUUUGUUUGCAUAUUUAUUAUCUUUCGGUUACAGCAAACUAUCUUCUCUAGUAUUAUCAUCACUCUUAAUAAUAAAAACAAAUUAAGAUCAGAUAGAUAUACACAAUAAUAAGAAUGAACUUAAUGAAGGGAUAUAUUACGAUUUUAAUUGUACGAAAUGCAUAUUAAGGUCAUGACCAGAAUACUUCAACAUAAAACAUUGGCGGAAUAUACAUCACAUGGUAAAAAUAAAAAAAAAUAGGUUUAUGAAAAGACUUGUAUAUAUUAAUUAAAUAAAUAACUGCAAAAAUUUGCAAAGCGGUUGUCAGUUCAUUUUCUUUGUAAUGUUCCAAAAGGCGGGUGCCAGGAUGAAACAUUUAAACAGGCAAAGACUUCGUGUCCAUGGUAUCUAAGGCCAAUCCACCUUAUUACACACACCAAGUAACAUAUGUAGUCAAUAUACUGUCGUAAAAUACCUGCCCUUAUAUGAAUGAUGAUCUUAGAUUUUAAAGACCUUCAACUAAGAACUGUUUUUGUAACCACAUUCUCAUGUGGAAUUUAAUAAUCCAUGCUUGAAAUAAUUCUAACU